ACCAAAAAACCCUCUGCUUCUCCACUCCAGUCGAGUUCUUUGCUUGUUCUGGUGUGGGGACAUGGCGUUUCCUAGCUUGUUCUCCUUCGUCACCCUUUUGAUCAUGUUCGGAGUCGCUCAUGGAGGUGAUGGUGGAUGGAUCGACGCACACGCUACCUUCUAUGGAGGUGGUGAUGCUUCUGGGACGAUGGGAGGGGCAUGUGGUUAUGGUAAUCUCUACGACCAAGGGUAUGGCACCGAGAGCGCUGCACUGAGCACGGCUCUGUUCAACAACGGGCAGAGCUGCGGGGCGUGCUUCGAGAUCAAAUGCGCGGGCGGGCAGUGGUGCCUCAAGGGUUCGAUCGUCAUUACCGCCACUAACUUCUGCCCUCCAAACAACGCGCUUCCCAACGACGAUGGAGGGUGGUGCAAUCCGCCCCGGCACCACUUUGAUCUCUCUCAGCCCGUCUUCGAGAAGAUCGCACAGUAUAAAGCAGGCAUCGUCCCAGUCCAAUACAAAAGGGUCCCCUGUGUGAAGAAGGGAGGCAUCAGAUUCACCAUUAAUGGUCACUCCUACUUCAAUCUGGUUCUGAUCACCAACGUCGGGGGUGCGGGAGACGUGGUGGCCGUGUCAGUGAAAGGGUCAAGAACCGGGUGGCAGCCGAUGAGCCGCAACUGGGGCCAAAACUGGCAGAGCAGCAGCAACCUCGACGGCCAGUCCCUCUCUUUCAGCGUCACCACCAGCGACGGCCUCUCCGUCACCUCGAUGGACGUCGGGCCACCGAACUGGAGCUUCGGGCAGACGUAUUUGGGAGGCCAGUUCUGAACGCUUCCAUAACUCCAAACCAGCUCCAGCUUCCUCUUGCUUCCAGUAGCAUGCAGUUCGAUCAAGUCUUAUAGCUAGCAGCACAAAUUGGGUCAUGGGAGGGGCCUCUCUUUUGAAUGGCCCUCGUCAUUGAUGACCUUGCACUUGCUGAUUUCCUCGUUCUCUUUUCUUCGUUUCUUUUUCCUUCUUCGUUUAUUGGCAUUCUCUUCUGCCAUCCGAGCCUCAUUGGAGUGGCAGAAGAGAGCAUCAUCAGAAUGGUGGGGGAGGAGGAAGGCUGAGGUGAACAAAGGAGGAUGAUCACCCGCCCAUGAAUUCUGUCCUUUGUCAUGUAAUAUUCUGUCUCUGUGGAACGGUGAGUG